CUUUUUUGUGUGCACUUUCUGGGCAGAUGGGUCCUUGCACCAUUGCUGACCAAGAAGAGGAGAGACUUCAUUCUGUCUUGCGGGGUUAUUUGGAUACAGCCCUUCGCCUCUGCUUUGUCCAGACCCUCCUCCUUGGUGGGGAAGUGAGGAGCAGCAGUACCUGGUUCAUCAGGGCUCCUUUGCACUCCCAAAAGCUUCUCACACUUUGACAUGAGCACACUGCAAUCACCUCCUGGAAAAACCAGUUACAGGGACUCAAGUUUAAUGAGACUCAAUGGCUCAAGAGGGAUCCCUGCCCACCAACAGAGAUACGCACUGUGCUUUGGGGCUGUGUUAGAUCUUAUUCACCUGCGGUUUCAGCACUACAAGGCAAAGAGGGUUUUCUCAGCUACCGGGCAACUUGUCUGCGUCGUCAACCCAACACAUAGCCUCAAGUAUGCACCGACCCUCUGUGCAGCUGCGCAGACGUCCACAGAGCGAGGCAUCCUUCCUCCCUGCCAUCAUCACGAAGCAGUGCACGACCCCCAGCUGGUUCCCUGCAUGUGCCCGCUCUUUUCCUGCCCAUGGGAAGGGCACCUGGAGGUGGUGGUGUCCCACCUGAGGCAGACCCAUCACAUCAACAUCCUUCAGGGUGCAGAGAUUGUCUUCCUGGCCACGGACAUGCACCUGCCCGCACCCACAGACUGGAUCAUCAUGCACUCUUGCCUUGGCCACCAGUUUUUGCUGGUACUCAGGAAGCAGGAGAAGUAUGAAGGCCACCCGCAGUUCUUCGCCACGAUGAUGCUGAUUGGCACACCGACCCAAGCUGACAACUUCACCUACCGGCUGGAGCUCAAUAGGAACCAGAGGCGCCUUAAGUGGGAGGCGACCCCCAGGUCGGUACUGGAGUGUGUGGACUCUGUCAUUUCCGACGGGGAUUGCCUUGUGCUGAACACUUCCCUGGCUCAACUCUUUUCUGACAACGGAAGCCUAGCGAUAGGAAUUGCAAUAACAACCAGCAAAGUUCACAACUCCGAAGCUGAAAUGUGAGGGGGAAGAGGAGCAGGAGGAGAAACAGCAACAACAGUGGUGCUCUAGCUGCCUUGUGAGAGCCAGAACUUGCAGACUUUUUGGGGGGGUCUCAGGUCUUUUAUGGUAUUUAGUACUCGUCCAGAGUGGGCAUUAUGUAAACAUCCUGUGGUUACAGUCUCUGUGUAAUGUAUUUACCAUUUUGUUAAUACAAUUUUAUGAUAAAUUUUAAAGAGACUAAUCAAUUUAUUGUAGCCCUCCAGCAGCACUGAAAACAACACAUGUUAAUGAAAAGUGCACCCAGGGUGACUCACAGAAACCUUUGCUCUGAGAAUGCUAUGCAAAUAUGUUUCCUUCAUUGCCUGCCUAAUUGACUGGAGGCCCCUGUGCCUGAUGA